AUGGGGACUAAAUUCAAUCUUGCUUUUGUCUGGCAUCUCUUGCUGAAUGAUGGGCCAACUCCGAAAUGGAUCAACCAGUGCUGCGUAAGAAUCGACAUCAUCGCAUAUUCUCCUGCUGAUCUGAGUGUUCUUGUUUGGGCUUCAACAUGCCCAGCUCCCACUCUUGGCGCUUACGCGAGUAGUGGGAUGGUCGCGUCUCGGGUCGAGCUCGUCAGGAACAUCUCGCUGCCAGAGCUCAACCAGGGGUGCACAAGCGCCUACUCGCAAGCGGAGCUCAACCCGAUACGCAGACUCUCUGCCCAGCUCCUUGCUCGUCUGCGCUACCCCAUCGAUCAGAGGCUCGAGCCAGAAAAAAGGGAUGGAGGAGGGUAG